CAUAUGGUGUAUUGGUAUAUGAUGAUUUAUCAAUGAGUGCUCAUGACGUCAACUGUACUGGAAACGAAGAUACAAUAUUUCAAUGUCCACUUCAUCUCAGUCCUAAAGGGACCUCAUAUACCCAGUGUAGCUCUCAAUGGCCUGCUGGUAUCAUAUGCCAAACUGCAGAUACUUUAUAUGCUAACUGCAGUCAUGGUGAAGUGAGGCUAGUAGAUGGUCCCUCUCCUCUUGAAGGAAGAGUUGAAGUUUGCAUUCACAAUACUUGGGGGACUGUGUGUGAUUCUGGCUGGGACACAAUGGAUGCUAACGUAAUCUGUCAUCAACUAGGACAUCAGAAAUAUGGUGCAAAGCCAGUGUAUUGGUCUGCUUAUGGUAAAGGCUCUUAUCCUCUCUCUUUGGCUGGUCUUGCUUGUAACGGAGAGGAGAGCAAUCUCUUGAACUGCAGCAGAAAUUACUACUCACUUCUACUGUCUUGUAAUAGAGAGGCUGCUGGUGCCAAGUGUGAAAGACUCUGUGACGAGCUAUCAGUUCGUAUCAUUGGUACUCCAUACGCUAACAUGGGACGUGUUGAUUUGUGUAGGAACAGGAUUUGGCAUAGAGUUUGCUCAUUUCCUCAUGAAGCAGGCUCUGUAGUGUGUAGACAACUAGGCUACUCACCACAUGGUGUUGUUGUUAUCAAGGAGAGGUUUUCUGCCCCAUUGAUACCAUCAUAUAGAGCUAAUAUUUACUGUCCAAGUAGCAAGAACAUCAGCUCAAUGGAAGAAUGUGAAUUUGCUGAAGCCGGAGAUGUCCAAGCAUGCAUUGGAGACACUGACUAUGGAGUAAUCUGCCAAGGGGCCGAUACUGUUUAUUCUAAUUGCAGUCAUGGUGAGGUUAGGUUGACUGGCGGUCGUACCCUGACACAAGGAAGGAUAGAGAUCUGUAUUGAUGGAGUAUGGGGCACUGUCUGUGAUAGAGGAUGGGACACUAUUGAUGCUAAUAUUGUGUGUGCUCAACUAGGACUCUAUCCUUCAGGAGCUAGACCACGUUAUGGUGCUUUCUACGGUCAAGGAUCAGGUCCAAUCUUUUUAUCUGGUUUGAAGUGUACUGGUACUGAGAGUAAUUUAUUAAACUGCAGUAGAGAUGUAUUGGAUGCUGAAUAUUGCAGACACUAUGAAGAUGCUGGUGUAGCCUGUCAAGGGUCAUAUCCAGUUAUACCUAGUCGCAGGUUUGGAUCGAUAUUUGGUGGAGAACUACUAUUUGUGUCUGGACCUAUCUUUGAAUUGAAUGAUAUUACAAAGUGUCAGUUUGGUACUCUUGCGACUGACGGGGUCUACCUGACCGAGACCCAGUGUCUCUGUGUAGUACCACCGGCACAUGAUAUUGGGUUGACUGAUCUUAGGAUCACAAUUAAGAGGAGUGAGGCUACUCUCAGUGGAAUAACGCAAUACAGAUACAGUUAGUGACAUACUCAAUGUAUUAGCUUGCAAAUAUUGCAUUCUUUUGCUAGCAACGUGUUUGAGUUACUUCAUGUUUGAUGGUCCU